CAAUGUAGCCCAGAGCCUACGUGCAGAGGGAGACAAUGUAGCCUACGUGCAGAAACUAUCCGAUCGUAACAUCCGAGUGCGUCUGUGUUAGAGGAAAUCAAGGUUGCAGACCGAUAGCUGCUGUGCUCGGAGGUUGUUGUCAACGCCUGUGCAGAUUCACUCUAAACAAGCCUGAAGUUUGCUGCGAUUGAAGAGCUGGAAUAUGACUCGUCGUGUGGCAGUGAUUGGAGGAGGUAGUUCAGGUCUGGCCUGUAUCAAGUGCUGUCUGGAUGAGGGGCUGGAGCCUGUCUGCUUCGAAAGCAGCGAUGACAUUGGUGGCCUGUGGAGGUUUAAGGAGAAUCCAGAGCCAGACAGGGCCAGCAUCUACCACUCUGUCAUCAUCAACACCUCCAAGGAGAUGAUGUGUUUCAGUGAUUUUCCCAUUCCUGCACAAUUCCCCAACUACAUGCACAACUCCCUCAUCAUGGACUACUUUCGAAUGUAUGCUGACAGCUUCCAGCUCACCAAGCACAUACGCUUCAAUACCAAAGUCUUGCAGGUGAAGCAGAGAUCAGAUUUUUCUCGUUCAGGCCAGUGGGAUGUUGAGACAGAGGACAAGGAUGGCAAAAAAAAGAAACACAUUUUUGAUGCUGUGAUGAUCUGUAUUGGACAUCACUGCCACCCAAACAUGCCACUACAUGACUUCCCAGGCAUUGACACUUUCAAGGGAAAGUAUUUCCACAGCCGAGACUACAAGACUCCGGAGGAGUGGAGGAAUAAAAAGGUGGUCGUGAUUGGAAUAGGAAACUCUGGGGGAGACAUCGCAGUGGAGCUGAGCAGAGUCACCAAGCAGCUGUACCUGAGCACUCGAAGGGGAGCAUGGAUUCUGAACCGAGUCGGGGACAAUGGGGUGCCCCUUGAUCUGGGUUUUAACAGAGUGAUGAAUUCUGUGCAGAAAAUCCUUCCAUUUAGUUUUUUCUGUGGCCUGGCAGAGAGCCGACUCAACCAAAGAUUUGACCAUUCUCUGUACAAUCUUAAGCCAAAGCACAGGUUGUUCAGCCAACAUCCCACCGUGAAUGAUGAGCUUCCCAACCGCAUCCUUUCUGGAACAGUUCAGGUGAAACCCAACAUCCGCAGAUUUCAGGGGUCCAGUGUGGAGUUUGAUGAUGGGAGUGUAGUGGAGGACGUUGACCUGGUGGUGUUUGCCACAGGUUACAGGUUUUCCUUUCCAUUCCUGGCCUCACAUGUGGUCACAGCCUCUGAGAACAAAGCAUCUCUGUACAAGUAUGUGUUUCCUCCUGAGUUGGACCGUCCCACUCUGGCUAUCAUUGGUUUAGUGCAGCCACUGGGGGCCAUUAUGCCCAUCUCUGAGAUACAGGCCAGAUUGGCCACACGUGUUUUUAAAGGCUGCAUCAAGCUUCCCUCAGUGGCUUCGAUGCUAAAAGACAUCCAAUGCAAGCAGGAGGCAAUGGCUAGAAGGUAUAUCACCAGUCAGAGACACACCAUCCAAGUGGAUUACGUGAGCUACAUGGAUGAGAUAGCAGAGCUGGUGGGGGUUCGGCCCAAUAUCUCAAGGAUGCUGCUGACUGAUCCUAGGCUUGGACUGAAAGUGAUGUUCGGUCCCUGCACGCCGUACCAGUACCGUCUCAGAGGGCCAGGGAAGUGGGCUGGAGCCCGUCAGGCCAUCCUCACUCAGUGGGAGAGAGUGGCUCAACCCAUGCAGACGAGGCCCUGUGAUGAGCCCAAAUGCAAGAGAUCAUUUAUGUGGCCUCUGAUGCUGUCAGCUGCUGGUGUGGGCUUGGCUGCCUACAUUAACAGGAACAACCUUCCAGCUUUCUUACAAGAUCCCACUGCACUGUUGGACAAGAUAAAAGUGUACCUGCCUGCGCAGUGAUGUACAAUUCAUACUUGCUCUUUUUAACACGUUGAUCAUAUAGCACCUGUGUACAAUUUCUACACUGUACUUCCCCAAUUCCUGAAAGAGACUAUACUAAGAUACGUCAGUCAUGCUGACACAUGGUGGCUUCAAAGGCCAGCUGAUGUUAUAUUUUGCUAAAAACUAGAGUUGAGCGAGUAAUCGGCUCAAAUGAGUGUCAGGUACGGAUAGUGUACUUUUUACGAGUUCUAAUAAAAUCAGAGUAAAAUGUGUCAAUAUUUGUUUUCUAAUAAACAAAUAAAUUAUAAGUUAUCUUACUCAAAAACAUAAGUCUAAAGCUUAAUUCUGAGGCUGUUCUGUAAAUAGUUUUGUAAUAAAUGUAGCAACUUCUGAUCAACCAAUAUCAAUUUCAGGCUUAAAUUAACAACAUCUGGUUACUAGUGGAUGUAGGUCAUUUAGUUGGUUGAACAGAUACACGUAGGCCUAAUGGUGUACUCCUUUAUCCCUACUAAAAACUGUUAUUGAACAUAUCACAUUGUGUUAUUGCUAGGGCAUACUGGGAUCUCUAACUUCUUAGUAAAGCUAUACUCAUACUAGUUGAAUAGCUAUUAAUCUAUGGCUUUUAUUUGUUUGUUCAUACUUGUACAAUCUCCAAAUGCAUAUUGUCCUUGUUUUCACUGUAUAGUCUAAAGAACAUAUGAUUACAAGGAUCGCUCUCUGAGGUCUCUCUAAUUUGUUUGGAGUAUUUAACAAUGACUACAUACCCCAUGUUGCAAAUCACUGAUGACUGAUGAUUUACUAUGGCUUAAUUUGCAAUACUAGAACAUGAAGUUAAGCAUUAUUUAGAGGCAAUGAUGGUAUAUUUGAAUGUUAUUAUUUUUUUACAUGUUUAUAUUAAUGUUAAUUAAUUAUGUAACUCCCAUCUUCCUGUUUCUUUCUACAGUACAGUGUAAAAGUGGAUCACAUACAUUUUUGAUACUGUAUUUUUACCAAAAACUAACUCUUACCCUUCAUUACAUCCCUGGCCUGAGACUGAUAUAAAGAUAAAUAAAAAUAAAGAAAUUGACCGUAUUACAACGAAAAGAUUUGUUUUGAUAAUGUUGUUGUAAACAAGCCUAUAUUUUCAGUUCAGACUAGAAAAAUGUUAAAGUAGUAUUUUGUUGUGAAUACUGAAUAAUUAAAUUGAAUAAUAAAAACUUUAUUCGGCUUA